UCAUGGUAUAUAGUGAUCUGUGGUCACCCUUCUAAGUUCUAGUCCUCCUAAUUCCUGUCUUCACUAAUUCCUUACGUAAUUAAAAAUAAAUAACAUGGGAAACCAAGUUUUCGCCGAAGCAGUUCCAUCCAAAAUCCAUGAAGUCAAUGGAAACCCUCCUCCUGAAUGCCCCAUGCACAACAAAGGGGCUACACAGCAAAGUGAUAACAAGGCACCCUCAGAAUGCCCUGUUCAGCAGGACAGUAACAUAAAUCCAUAUAACAUGAUGCCACCAGCAAAUCAACAACCUGCUCCUGACCAGCCAUUCACUCUGCCGACAAAUCGUCAAGUGUCCUCUAUACCUAGAGCUAUGCCCGAUGGCUCUACAGAGUUCUGGGUGUACCCCAGCCAGCAAAUGUUCUGGAAUGCCAUGCUCCGUAAAGGUUGGAGGUGGAAGGAUGAGGAUAUCGAACAGAAAGAUAUGGAGGACAUAAUAAAAAUACACAAUGCCAAUAAUGAACAAGCUUGGCAAGAAGUUUUGAAAUGGGAGGCACUACAUGCCAAAGAGUGUGGUCACCCUAGGUUGAAGAGUUUUGGAGGAAAAGCCACCCAAUAUAGUCCAAGAGCAAGGAUUCGCGCUUUACUAGGAUACGAGCUACCCUUCGACCGCCAUGACUGGAUUGUGGAUAGGUGUGGUAAAGAUGUGCGCUAUGUCAUUGAUUAUUAUGAUGGAGGCGAGGUUGACAACAAGUUCCAAUUUGCUCUACUGGACGUCAGACCAGCUAUGGAUUCAUUUGAAAAUGUCUGGGAUAGAAUGAAAGUAUUUUAUAUGAGAUACAAAUAUGAGAUUAUGGAUGACAAAAAGGAUAACAAAUUGACAAAUUAGAAAUUUACCCUCAGAUACAUAAAACUGCUUAAAAUUUAAGGUCACAUUAAAUGUUGACAUUUUCACCAUCUCGCCAACCUAAUAUUCAAAGGGACCUUAAAUAUUAAGUACUGCCAGUAAUAAUCUCUAUUGUCUCCAUAGUGUAAUAGAUUUUAGUGCAAAGCUAAGUUCUACUAUUAGAAAGAAUAGUCAAGAAACAAUUAUUGUUCCACAAUGUAAAUGUAUUGUGCAUUGAGUGGAGUGCUCCUGUCGACAGUCAAUGCCACUGUAGUAACUCUUUGUGAUUUGGAAUAUUUAUUUCUCAAUUACGUUACGGCAUUCACUAUAGUAUUAUUUAAAAAAAAAAUUGUUAUUCUGUAUUUGGCAGAGCUAUGUACUUAUCGGUUAGUUUAUUGUUUUAGACGUUUAUGCAAAUAAAAGUAGUUUAUUUUCUAUAUCAUGUGCUAUUAUUACUUAAUGCCACAUGAACAAUAUAUAAAACUAGGGCCCAAGACUAGGGCAUAAUAAUGUGUUGUCAUAACAUACAAAGUAAAUUAUCUAAUAACCUUCAAUAUAAAAAUUUACCAAAGGUAUACAAAAGUUCAAUUAAAAAAUCAGUGUUCAUAUGACCCUAUGAUUCCUGUUUAAACACUAAUUUAUUAUGACUAAUAAAUUAAAUAUUAAUUUUGAAA